CAACGAUUUAAAUUCAAGGUUAUUUUGGAAGUCUAGCAUCAAUAACACGUCUUUUUUAUUGUGGUCUCGGAGACCUAGCACGUUAAAUCCCUUUCAGAUAACAAGACAAAUUCGUCUGAAAAAACUGACCUGUCUUCAAGCCUUGUAUUCGAUCAUAAAUAAAAUUGAAAUUCAUAUCACGAAUCUGGUGUAUAUGUGUACAUGCUUCCUCCCUUGUCAUCCCUAAUUUUCUAAGUCUGAAUCAAGCUUAGCACAAAAAUGAGUGUAUACGGCAUUUAUGUGAUAAGUGAAUCUGGCUCACUACAGUUUUAUUAUGAUCAUUCUGAUGUUAACGUGGAAGUAGAAAAGAAAUACGAUUUCCCACUUCCGUUCCAUUUCAAAGCUAUGGAUGGUCGUAUUGUCGUAGAUUUUGGUGCAUGUGACGAUGUAAAGAUAGGGUAUACUGUGAUAUCUGUUGACGGCAUUACAGCUAAAGGCACAUCUCUGGAAGAUAACAGGGAUAUUUUGAAAGUUUUUUCAGAUAAAGACAACUUUCCACUGACUAUCAAACUUGGGAGACCUCGACUACGUCCAAAUGACCGAAUUCACCUUGCUAGUAUGUUCCAUCCAUUACACUCAAUGGCCCGACUUCUUUCCCCAAUUCCGGAUUCCAACUCCAGCUUUGUCGCUCCGGCUAAUGAUAAAAAGGCUCCACGAGUUUGGAAUUCUGGUAUCCAAACUUUGGAAACGGAAUGCUGCCGUGUUCAUUGUUUGGAAACCCAUACAGGUGUUAAAUUCUUACUUGUUACUGAUGUUAAAUUACCAGUGGCUUCUCGCGAGGCUCUCCGCAGGGUGUACGAGGCUUAUACAGAUUUUGUGUUGAAAAAUCCCUUUUAUGCUCGGAACCAACCUUUUAAUUACGAAUUCUUCGCUAAUCAAAUAAAAACCAUAUGUGAUCAAGUAGAAAAAGGAAUGUAUGUAAUUAACUAGUAUUUUAUUCCUUUGCUGAUUUUCAUUGAUUGCUUUCAUUCCACCAAACAUAUCACUUAGCUAUCUUCUAUUUUUAUUCUGACUUCUUACGAUUCUUUCUCAUUUGUCCUAUCUACUACCUAAGUGUUUUAAGCUAACUAGGGUGGGAGUGGGUUGGAGAAAGGUUAAUGGCAGUUGAGCCAAUAUAUUGCUCGUAAUGUGCGAUCAUUAGUCCAAUACUUGAAGACUUUCUUGGUUUGGGUACGCAACGUAAUUGUAAUCGAUUAUUUAUAAGCAUAAAGUAAUAUGCCUCAAAAUAGGUAACAGUGAUCUUCAUGUAUUCACUUUCGUCUUCCUUUUAGUAAUAUACACAGGAUUAUCCCUAAUUGUUCAUUUCAGUAGUUUAUUCUGACUUCCUCUAUAAGUUUUCUGAAACUGUUGAUACCAUUAUUUUCCGUUUUGCUUUCUAUCUCGUUAACUUCCUAAUAAUUAUGUGAAGUAUGCCAGUUUGAAAUGACACAUUUCUCCUAAGUCUUAGUGUUUAUAUAUUUUCUUUAACACUUCCUCCAAAAAUAUGUAUCAUACCACAUUAUACAUACCAAUAAACUUUAUUUGUUUUAUAAAAA